AUGGGCAUGCAUUUCGGCAUCGUGCACGGCACGCGAACUGGCAAGCGCAAAGUUGAGGGUCCCCUCCGCGUUUCACGAUGGAACUUCAAGGGGACCAACCUGGCGGUCUGCUUCGCCUUCGAGGAGCGCGAGGUGGAGGCCCAGGACAAGGCCAGGGAGCUUCAAGAGGAGUACGCCGGGGAGUUCGCCUUCAUCACGGCCGCCUACCACCCUCCGAACAUGCCGGGGCAUGUGCCUGGGAAGAGCUCCAACGAGUGUUGGGCCUUUCAGGUCCUCGCCAAGGAGCUGCGGGACCAGCGAGGCUACGAGGUGGACGACCCCAGAGUGGUCAUCACUGUCAUUGAUGACGACUCGGAGCUCCAUGAAAACUACUUCGAGGGCCUGACCUAUCACUACCUCAAGGCGAAGGAGUCAGAUAGGUACCUGACAAUGUGGCAGCCGCCCAUUGUUCACUUCAAGAACUUUUUGAGUCAGCCGUGGCCUCAGGUGCUACACUGA